AUGCAGUUACUGCAGCAAUUGAAGGGGUUAAGUGUGGACUUACUAGAUGAGCCACUAACUGAUGACACUGCACUGCCAGCCGUGAAGGAAGCGAGCAAUGCGCUUGCAAAGCAACUAGAAGUGAAGAAGGACGCGAAAUACUACGCAGCGGAGGAG